CAAAGGAUCAUAUUCAUACAAAAUACCAAUGAAAGAUUUUGGUGUCAAUGAAGUGUGGUCACGACUUGUCAUUUGUCCACGCCAUACACAUGCAGUCAAUAAAUACAGCUAGUUGGUUGAAUAUUAUAAUACCUAAAUAAAUACAAACAAUUAAAUAUCAACUUUUCUGACGACCCAUCAAAAAAAAAAAAAAAAAAUCAACGCUUUUAUAUAGCUAUUAGCUAACCAAGAUCUCAAGUUUCCAAUCUCUCUCAUCUUCCACAAAACAAUCACCUCCACCAAAACCGGUGGGAAAAUGAAUUCAAGAUAUCAAGUAGUUGGUAUGACCAAUAAUAAGACAUGAAUGAUUUUUCAAAACUUCUGUAGUCAUAAAGGUUUGUAUAUCAAUCGAGGUUGUAAGAUCAAACCCCACUGGCCCUAGCCAUUAAUAGACGCAAAUUAGAUCCUACACGAAUACACCCCGGUGAUUCAUUUAUCGCACCCUACCUAUCAAAAACCAUACACAACAACAUCAACACAUAAAGUUGGUCAUUUAUUCUGGGUUGAUAAUUUUUGGGUCGGUCAUUUCUUUCUGCUGUCACAAUAUUGUUAUCGUUAUUGCUAUCGUUUAACCAUUCUUCCAUAAUCACUAUUCAGCAACUUAGAAACACAAAAGAGAGAGAAAAUAGAGAAAGUGAGGAUGGCAGAAACAGAUCAUGCGAGUAAUGGAAUAGAAAGCAAGGACGACACAGCAGAGCAACAUAAGCUCUCCCUGAUGAGAGUUUUCGUCGAAAGCCGAGAUCCCUCUUCUAAGGAAGUAGAUGACUUGAUGUUGAGAAGAUUUCUAAGAGCUCGUGAUCUAAAUGUGGAGAAGGCGGGUGCCAUGUUCCUAAAGUAUUUGAAAUGGAGGAAGACAUUUUUACCAAAAGGUUGUGUCACAAAGGAAGAGAUACAGUAUGACCUUUCCCAUAACAAAAUUCAUCUAGGAGGUGUAGACAAGAAAGGACGCCCUAUUGUGGUUGCGUUUGCAGGUCGGCACUACCAAAAUUCCAAAUCAGGGGGUCUUGAUGAGUUUAAGCGUCUUGUUGUGUAUACUCUUGACACAUUAUGCGCAAGGAUGCCUGCUGGACAGGAAAAGUUUCUUGCUAUAGGUGAUCUUCAGGGCUGGGGAUACUCCAACAGUGACAUCCGAGGAUAUCUUGGGGCGCUCUCUAUUUUGCAGGAUUGCUACCCAGAAAGAUUAGGGAAGCUAUGCAUAGUGCACGCACCAAAAAUCUUUAUGGCGGUAUGGAAGGUUAUCUACCCCUUCAUCGAUGACAACACCAAGACCAAAAUAGAAUUUGUGGAGAAAAAACAGAUGAAAUCGACCAUGCUAGAAGACAUUGAGGAGAGCCAACUUCCAGACAUAUAUGGAGGCAAACUGCCGAUAGUGCCCAUUCAAGAUGCUUGAAGAUACUGUAGCACUGCAAAGCCACAAGGACACCCUUUAGAAUCCACUGCUGUCAAAAGAACUCAGUCAGUGUGAUUCUACCUUUCUGAUCACUCCCGUUGAUCAUAUCUGGAAAAAUGUGUAUUCAUUAGAUUCGCAGGCAGAAUCCACAAUUGUUACGUGUUUAGCUAUUGUUAAAUUAUGAGUAACCAAAGUCUGUAUGAUGACAAAUUAUUAAUAUAUACACUAUUUGCAUGC